AUGUCACAUCGAGGAGGUGGCGAUACUUCAUCAAAUACAUCCAAUGAGCCCCAAUCAGAUCCACCGAACCCAGAUAAAGAGAACGAAAUGACAGGCGAAGACUUAUUUCGUAUAAAAAGCGCUGUGACGAGUUCGACAGGCGCAAGCGAAAUUGCGGAUCAGUCAGUUAUAUCUCUUGCGGAUUCAGCGAGCAAUUUUGAUGAGCAUGUCGGGGAAGAAUUUGACGAGGUCGAAACAGCAGAAACUGGGAGUAUUGACUUGCAGAGUCGAAUAUUUAAUGGCUGGAUGUUCGAUCGCAAACGUCCGUCAAAUGUGCAACUUCCGCCAGAUACUGUUACCGUUCUGAAAUAUCCCAAGAAUUUGCCAAUUCCGCCAUGUCCUGAUGGUAUAAACGAAUCGAGUUGGGAAGAAGCAUUCCAGGAAGCGUCGGUUUACUUGAUUGGUACAGCUCAUUUCAGUAAAGAGUCUCAAGACGACGUUGUGAAGACAAUCGCUACUACGCAACCUGAUUUGGUUAUGGUAGAGCUUUGCCCGAGUAGGAUUUCGAUUUUGUCAAUGGAUGAACAGACCUUGCUAAAGGAAGCUAGCGAUCUCAAUACACAGAAAAUACUCACCACCAUUAAACAGAGUGGUAUUGUGCAAGGAAUUCUGCAUGUACUCCUGCUCUCUAUGUCAGCUCAUAUAACAAGAGAAUUAUCUAUGGCUCCUGGUGGUGAAUUUCGCGCAGCCCAUAAAGCUGUUAUGCAAACUCAGCUCUGUCGUCUUGUUUUGGGGGAUCGUCCGAUUCAUGUUACACUCCAGAGAGCACUCGGAUCACUCAAUUUUUGGCAGAAAAUAAAAUUUUUUUGGCACGUAGCCUUAUCCCAUAGUGCAUCAAUAACUCCAGAAGAGGUCGAAAAAUGUAAGCAGCGUGACCUGUUGGAGCAGCUUUUGGCCGAAAUGGCUGGGGAUUUCCCCAAGCUGACCAAGAUUUUUGUAGACGAACGGGAUGCUUACAUGACUCACGCUCUUCAUUCUUUGUUGCAAAAGAAUACGAUUGAGAAAAGGCUGUCUUGGGAGCGUACCGAUGUAGAAUGGCAGCCAUUGCGAGUAGUAGCCGUCGUAGGAAUCGGCCACACACCUGGAAUUGUUGCUCAUUGGGACAAUCCGGUAGAUAUUGCGCCACUACUCCAUAUUCCUCCUCCUUCUACCUCUACCAAAGUGAGUGUUGUUUCCUUCUUCGUUGCGGAAUUUUUUUUUCUUGAAGACCGAAAAUUCCAAUUGAGCACGCUAAUUUUCAAAAAAAGGUGA